GUUCUUUGACGUAGGCUCCACUUCAUUGGCUGUUCGAGCAUGACACCUUCACAGCCGAACUCCCGUCCACCCAAUGAGAGGGCCUCUCGCGCUCAGCGGAUACAGGGUUUAUUAUUUGUUCGCGCGACGUUUCAUACUGCUGCAAAACAGAUUGAACUGUUUGUCUCCCAACACCGACGUCUCACCUGCAGUUUAUCAUGGCCACACGCAUACGACCUAGCAGUAAGCGGUGUGCAGUGAUAGGAGGCUCUGGGUUCCUGGGUAGACACCUGGUAGAGAAGCUGUUGGGUAAGGGCUAUACUGUGUCGGUGUUUGACAUCAGACAGAGCUACGAACUACCUGGUGUCACCUUCCACCAGGGAGACCUCUGUGACAAACAGGCUCUCCUAACAGCCCUCCAAGGUGUCUCCCUGGUGUUCCACUGUGCCUCUCCAGCCCCAGCCAGUGAUGACAAGGCUCUGUUCCAGCGAGUCAACAUCCAGGGGACACAGACUGUCCUACAGGCCUGCACUGAGGCUGGAGUACAGAAAGUGGUACUGACCAGCAGUGCCAGUGUGGUGUUUGAAGGAACAGACAUCAAGGAUGGGAGAGAAGACCUUCCCUACGCCAAGAAGCCCAUUGACUACUACACAGAGACCAAGAUAGAACAGGAGAAGCUGGUUCUGAAGGCCUGUGACAAGGAGAAGGGUCUCCUGACAGUUGCCAUCCGACCUCACGGUAUCUUCGGCCCCCGGGACCCCCAGCUGGUGCCCAUCCUGGUCGACACGGCACGCAGGGGCAAGAUGAAGUUCAUCAUCGGUGAUGGUUCUAACCUGGUGGAUUUCACUUUUGUGGACAAUGUGGUUCAUGGACACAUCCUGGCAGCUGAGAGUCUAAGGCCAGAGUCUCCUAUCUGUGGCAAGGCGUACCACAUCACUAAUGACGAGCCUGUCCGGUUCUGGGACUUCAUGUCAGAUAUUCUAGUGGGUCUGGGCUACGCUGCUCCGCGCUACCACCUUCCCUACACACUCGUCUACGGGCUGGCUCUGCUGCUGUGGCUGCUGUCUCUGUUACUACGCCCCCUAGUGGCCUUCAAGCCCACCUUCACCCCCAUGAGGGUGGCCCUGGCGGGUACACAUCACUUCUACAGCUGCUCCAGAGCCAAGCAGGACAUGGGGUACAAGCCUGUGGUCGGUCUAAAGGAUGGGAUCAGGCGUACGGUGGAGAGCUAUCCUCAUCUACGACAUGGAGCCUGAUGACUGUACCUGCAGCAUGGUAGCCUGGAAACCAAACUGAUAUGCUCUGUGAAACAAUGGUGAAAUGGAUCGUAUCCGUUUGGAUUCCAGGCCAGUGGUAUGGAUCCUCACGGCUGAGUCCUAACUUGAGAUCUAUGCACACAACUUAAGUCAUUUUAGUAAAAUCAUACACUGAUGUUGAUGGGAGGAAAACAUUAAGCUAGGAGUUGUGUGUACAGUUCCUCAAGUUAAGAUUCAACCUUGAGGACGGUUUCAUACUCUCACCAGUGUCUUAAGUCCUGAUCUGUGAACUCACCUUUCCUACAACAGUCACUCUUCCAUUUAGUGUCUGGUUACAGUACCUCUCGUCACCAAUAGACAGCAGCACACAUUUCUUCUCUGUGGAAUGUGGAUACACAACCUAACAUGGAGAUGUUUCCAACACUUGCUCUUGCCAUUAUUCAUGAGCACUCAUUUUGAUGUACGAGUGAUACUGUUACUGUGACUGGUUUCCCUCUACAGCUAUCUUAUUUCUAUUCUCUUAUACAAAUCACAAGGAAUCAUGCAGUUUGUUCAUUUCAAAUAAAAAUCCAUUAUCUUAA